UUUCCUGAAGCAUAAGGAGAUCUGGGGUAAAUUCAAGCAAUAGACUCUUUGGCAGAUUUGAAUUUUGCAGGAAUCAAUAGCAACACUAUGGAUAUCUCCCAAGAAACCGUCGAUAAAAUCCAACAUCUCGCGCAAAAGCGCCAGAAAGCGGAGGAGUUCUACGAGGAACACCCGGUAAACCCAGCUAAUUUCGACGCUUACAACCGCAAGCUGGAUGAGACGUUGGCGGAGCUGCAAGCUCAGGUCAAACGUCAUGAAGAUGAGCUCCGCAAGCUACGCAUGACCACCACGAUUGAUUUCGCUCAAAUUGGGGCAGAUCCUUGGAGUCGCAUCGCUCACGUGCGCAGAGCCAAGAAAGCGUAUGAUGCUCUUCUGCAAUCGGAAACGCGACUGCCGAGUCCAGGCUCGCCCUUGCCUUCUCUACUUGCGGUUGACGAGGCAUCUCGUCUCGUCAAGGAGAAUAAGACCUCAAUUUCACUGACGGCGGAGAAACUGUCUGCGGACCGUCAGCGCUUGAAAGCGGAAGAAGCCAAUUUGCGCGAUGCGCAAUUGAUCAAAGACGGGUUGGAGAAAAGGAUUGAGCGGCUGAACGCAGAGAAAUCAAGUCAAGUCCAGAAAGCUCCUGCGCAGCUUGCGCAUGAUCUCGUCAAGGAGCAGCAGGAAAAGAUCGCGAGACUUGAGACUACCACUGAAGAGCUGAAGACCUCUCUCUAUACAUUUGUCGAAGACACACUUGCCCCAAUGCUCGCUGCAGAAAAUCUGGGCGGUCCCACUGUUGGAGAUGCAAUGGAGAUUUCGGACGCUACCUUGAAAGCGGGCUACACUAGCCAUGGGAAGCCUAAGAAACCAAAGACUCCGGCCGCGGGGACUUCUGAUAGUGGCCAACAGCGGAUUGAUGAGCUUGUUCGUCGCCAAGCUGCGCAGGAGGGCAACGAACAGGCAACCCCUAUGAACAAAAGAGAGGCGGCGGCGGCCGAGAUGCGAGCUCUUCUUACUGCUCUGCUAGACGCGGAUUACUCCUACAUAGACCUUCCACACGAGUCAGCUGCCUCGCGCUUUCUAGUAAGAGCCAAGGUGGCUCAAUUCCAUCCGCGUGAUGCCAGGAAGCUGCGGUUGAUUGAUUUUGGGCCCUCAUUAGUCGAUUGAGAUGACUAACAUGUGCCGUACUACAUCCCCCAGGUUAUAUAUGGUAUCACAGUUCACCAAACACCUUGGUAAAAGACAAACAAUCAGACGCCAUCCCACGGAUAUAUACCGGCUCAACCGAAAGCCAGUAAGAAAUCUAGGACCGGCAAAGACCACGUUCUUUAAAGCAGAAGCGGCUCUGGAAGCCACUGGCGGCAAAACGCCCUGAAAAUGCGAGAGAUACAUCAAAAGCUCAUCAAAAAGUUCACUGCUCGGAGUUUGAAAUACACCGUUAAUGCCAUAAAUGAAACACGGAAGAAAGACCGUAGCCAGGUAUCAGAUCGGCAUCAUUCCGAUGCUGGUAGAAGUACUCUUGGCCGUAUUCUUUGCUUUGGAGCCAGUUCGGGAACCAGCCGAGCGCUUGUCGACAUGAUCGCUGGGCUUCUUUCUAGGUC